ACUAAAUCUAAAUUUUGUUCAUUAUUCAUUAUUAUCAUUCAUGCUCUGUUAGUGAAGCAAGAAAUCAUUUGCAUUUGUGCCGUUGUAACUGUUCGAACAAAAUAUAAAGCGAAUCUAAUUAGAAUGAUCUAUUUUGUGAUGUUAAUCAGUGCUGACAUAACAUAUAAAAAUAAUAGUGUUGCGAAUGUGACCGAAAGUUAACUUUCAGAGGAUACAAACGUCAAUUUGAACUAUUUAAAUUAGGAAAAGACAGAGAGAGAGAGAGAGAGAGAGAUAUCCAACGAUGAGAAGAAAGAAAAGCGUUAACAGUAGGCCAAUGCAAUCUAGCAACUAUUUUUAUAGCUCUCCCAAUUAUUUCUUUGACUAUAAGAAACCAGUCACUUGGACUAAUCAUGUGGUACAUUAUCAACAACAAGAACUUUCAAAUCAAAAAAUUGAACAACGUAACAAAAAUCGUAUGGCCCAUGUAAUGCCAUGGCUUCUUUCAAUGUCUCUUCUUGGUUUUCAACAAUUUGCAGCUCAUCCUAGUGUUGCACCAAUUUCACGAGAACUCGAGGCACCUAUUUUUCCUCUUAGCGACACGUCAGCAGGUAAUUUGAUAUCGCACGAAGAAUUAUCCACUCAAACUUCGUGUAAUUCUCAUGGGAAUUCAUUGGAAACUAAAUUAAUAGGAUCAACCGAAAAAAGUAAUAUCCUUUAUGGCUCUACCCCAAUUACGAUAGGUGGAUUUUUCAAACCCCAUAAUCGUGAUAACCCGUUAGCCAUUGGCGGUGAUGUCUUUAGAAACGAAGCCCAUUCGAUAAAUCAAUUGGAAUUUCAUGGAUUUAAUUAUGAUCCAAAUAACGAGCCAGUCGAAGACGAAUAUGUUGGACCAGCGAUGAGUCUGGUGUACGCUUGGUCGACCGUAGACUUUGAAUUCGACAGUAUCGAGGAACGAGAUGAAGCCAUAUUUAAUGGUGAUUACAUAGCUGAAAAUAAUUUACCAUUAGGAUUAGACAUUUAUGAAAACAAAGUAUUCAUUACUCUUCCAAAAUGGAAGGAAGGAAUACCAGUUACAUUGGCAACCGUUCCAAGAUAUUCCCAAACAAAAAGUCCAAAAUUGAAACCAUAUCCUAAUUGGGAUUGGAAUAAAUCUGGUAAUUGUGAUGAUCUAACGUCAGUGUUUCGGUUGCAAGUUGACGAAUGUGAUCGUCUUUGGGUUUUGGAUUCUGGAGUGACAAAUAUUGCGGAUAAACCAACGCAGACUUGUCCACCGGCUCUCUUUAUUUUCGAUCUUCGAACUGAUACGUUGAUCAGGAAAUAUACUUUACCACCAGAACAAGUCAAACAAGAUUCUUUGUUUACGAAUAUAGUGGUCGAUGUAAGAGAUGGAGAUUGUGGCGGAGCAGUAGCGUAUCUUUCGGAUGUCUGGAGAUUCGGUAUUGUCGUGUAUGACUUAUACAAAGAUUCAUCAUUCAGAUUCGAACAUCAUUUUUUCUUUCCCGAUCCUUUGGCUGCCAAGUACGAGCUCCAUGGUAUUAAAUUUCAAUGGACUGAUGGAAUAUUUGGUAUUGCACUCAGUCCUAUCGAUAUUCACAACGAUAGAACCCUGUUCUUUCAUCCCAUGUCGAGUUUCAGAGAAUUUGCCGUCUCCACGUCUGUCCUUCGAGACAAGAGAAUGAUCGAGCAUAAUAUUGAUAAGUUCAUACCGAUUGGAAGACCAAGAGCUAAGGAUUAUGGUCAUUCAUCAGGUUCCGUUGUUGAUAGAAAUGGUGUAAUGUUCUUUAACAUGGUUACUCGUGACUCCGUAUGGUGUUGGGACACCAGAAAAGAAUAUAUACCUCAAAAUUUAGGUGUCAUAGGUACCAGUAACACCUCGUUAGUAUUUCCUAACGAUAUUAAGGUCGAUCACGAGGAAAAUCAAAGCGUUUGGAUGAUCUCCAAUAGAUUACCAAUGUAUCUUUAUGAAAAUUUAGAUAGUAGCAAGAUAAAUUUCCGAAUCUUCAAGGCACAUGUUACGGAUGCGGUUAAAGACACUAUCUGUGAUCCUGAUCACGUAGUACCUGAUUAUGCUCAGGGUUAUGACGAAAUUUGUUGAAUGUUAUUAAGAAACUCAUGUAAAACCUUUUCUAAUUUGACAAA